AUGGACACAUUCAAGAUCUCUUUGCUCUCGAUUCUAGUCUUGCUGCUCGUCUUUUAUAGCUUUUGGUACAGGUCUCAGAAGACAUUGCCGCCUGGUGUGCGCCAGCUCCCGGGUCCCAAAGGUCUGCCAUUCAUUGGGCGUGUUCAUGAUGUGCCCAGCGAGGCAACAUGGCUAAAAUUUUGGGAGUGGGCCAAGGAGUAUGGGCCAAUCUACCAACACGAAAUUUUCGGAUCCAUCCACAUUUGGAUUUCAUCUGAGCAGAUCGCCAACGACUUGUUAGCAAAACGUGGAUCGAUAUACUCUGAUCGGCCAGUGAUCCCUAAUUUGCCAGACAACAGGACAAGUGGUGACUACCUCGCGUUGCUUGGUAACACUGAAACAUGGAAAAGACAGCGGAAAUAUUCCCAUCAUAUUCUGUCUCGAUCACACACUGCGUCUCAGCACUCAUAUCCGACAAUUGAACGUAAUAGAUUGCUUUACAAACUCUUGGUGGAGCCCUCGAAGUAUGAAUUUUACCUGGAGGAGUAUACCGGGAGAACAAUUUCUCGACUGGCUUGGGGCUCGGCUGACCACCAGCCGAAACUUAAGAAGAAUGCCUUUGGGCUGCUCACGACCAUCAGCCCAAGUGGAUCCGUUCCAAAUGUCGUCUCCUGGCUUACAAUAUUACCGACAUGGCUGAGUCCAUGGAAACAGGCUGAGAGAGCUCGGCAUGCUGCGGAGACUGAGUUUUUUCGUAACGCGCUCAGGGCUGUCGAAGCCGCCUCGUUGACGGGAGAAGUUAAUCCUAGUUAUUCCAAGAUGUUCUGGGAGGGUAGGGAGAAGGGCGGUUGGGAGGAGGAAGAGUGGACCCAUGUGAUUGGUAUGAUGGCCAUUGCAGGUGCGUUGACCAUGGCUAGCCCUUUGCAAACUUAUAUUCUUGCCAUAUGCCACCACCCGGAAUGGCAAACCAAGAUGCAGGACCAAAUUCGACAAGUCUGUGGCGAUCGCUGCCCUGAAUGGAGUGAUAGAGCUGAUCUUCACGUUGUUCGAGCGGUAAUCAAGGAGGUGUUGCGGUGGAGACCGCCUGUCCCAACUGGAAUUCCCCACCGAUUGGAGAACGAUGAUAUAUAUGGCGAGUAUUUCAUACCUGCUGGGGCAACAAUUCAUGCUCUUGAAUGGGGACUUUGCCGCGAUCCAGAAAAAUAUCCCGAUCCAGAGUCAUUCCGACCAGAGCGCUGGCUAGACAGCUCAUACCCGACAUAUCGCGAGCCGUUGACAACAUAUCCGAAUCUCAAAAGCUACCAUCAGUUUGGAUUCGGACGACGACUCUGCCAAGGCGUUGAGAUUGUCGACCAAGUGUUGUUUCUCGCAAUUUCUGGCAUGGCUUGGGCAUUUGACAUUCGGAAGAAAAGGAAUAGGUUUGGAAAUGAAAUAGACAUCCCGUGGCUCAAAUACACGAGCUUAUUGAUCGCGAAGCCGGAUUCGUUCGAGUUUGAUAUGACCGCGGCAAGUGAGGAGAAACGAAGGAUCAUCGAGGACGAAGGGAAGUUGGCGGGGAGCCGGCCGGUUGCCCAAUAA